UAAUAUUGUGUGGGGUGAGAAGAUCGGAAAGUGUUCACAAAUUGCACAGUAUCAUGUGCAGGAGGGUCUCAGGAAUGCACCAUCAGAAUUCCUGCAAGAAGCUGUUGUGCUGCAGUAUGCUGCAUCUGGCCUUCAGAGUAUGCUGGCAGGAAAGAUGGAUUGCAAUGUGUUCAGUGUUAUUAAUGGCUGUGAUGUUGAUAGUCUGAGUUCAUCUCUGCUGACCCAAGUUCUCUGGUGGGGGAAAUACUUCAACCAUGCUGGUGGCAACGUGAUAGGAGGUGACCUACAUUGUCAUUCCUCCUGGAUAAACCAGUUGAUGCUGGAGGUGUCCAGAGUGUCCCGUAAAGAAGGAAAUCUGAUGCUGGCUCAGAAGUUGCUGAUUGAUUAUCUGAAGUCACAAAAUGGGUUGCUGUGUGUUGGUGCAAAAAAUAAGCUUUCACUAGAAGAAGUAGCACAGAGUUUUGUUGAUACAACUGUCAAAAGGGUGAAGCCAGCUGUGCCCAUUUCCAUGGUGUGGCAUGUCCAGAAUGCUAAGGCUUUCACUGAGAUGGCAAAGGCACUUUAUAGUUUGGAGAAACAUGACAGCGCAAUGCAGGUGUGUGCAGCUACAGCUCUGAACCUUGCCCAGCAGAUGGAAGACAGAGACCUGCAUCUCCGUGAGAGGGGAUCCAGGGCACUGCUUACCCUUGCUAAGUGGCUGCAGCAAGAGAAUCAACUUGUGUCAGCAGCGGUGGAUAAUGAUGGAAGUGCCCUGGGACGACUGUUAGCAUGGGAAAAGGCUUACAGCAGCAUUAAUGACCCAUCCAUCUUUGGCUUUAUGAAUGUUCAAAAUUGCAAUACAAUCUCUCAUAAUGGAGUCUAUGUGAUUCCUCCUACGGAUGCUGUGAUUGGUCGGCUACUACAGCUUGGGGUGUCAAGAUGUCCUGAACUUGGCAAGGCCUGGAGCCAGUUUGCAUCCUGGUGCUAUCGUUGGGGUCGGCGUGUAGUGGACACGGCUGGCGAAGCUGGAGGACAGCUGUCAGAAGUGGACAGGGUAGCAGUACAGCAGAUGAUGCCACCUGGAAUUUCUGCAGAUGAAUUAGACAAAGUAUACUUUAUUCUGAGCCAGACUCGGGCUGUUGCUGAUGAGGAGGAUAUAGAGACAGAAGAUAUCAACACAUCUGAGAUGAUUGAAAACCAGCUUCAGAAUAUCCAUGCACUGAAUGGAGCAAAUAGUGAACAGUUGUCACGGCUAGUGGAGAUAUGGCGUGAUGCCCAGAAACGUAUUUACAGUUACUAUGAACUCUCUGCUAUGGCAUAUUUCAAGUAUCUGGAGCUGUGUGGAGACAAGGAGAGUGUAAAUGGUGGGAUGGAGAACAACUGCACGACCAUCACGGCCACUCUGCGUCUUCUGCGGCUGAUCGUCAAACAUGCCCUGGAACUGCAGACUGUGCUGGAAUCUGGACUUGCCACUACACCAACGCGGCCCUGGAAGGGCAUCAUCCCACAGCUGUUCUCUCGACUCAGCCACCCAGAGCCAUACGUGAGACGACGUGUGUCUGAGUUACUGUGCCGUGUUGCAGAGGACGCGCCACACCUCAUCACGUUUCCAGCAGUGGUGGGAGCAGCUGCAGGAGGAGCGCGACUUCAGGACAUGACAAUGGGUGCAUCUACUUCAAAAUUAUUUAGCACUUGCCUAUCCCAAACUUCAGCAGAAGAAGACUUGGGAGAUGGAGAAGGAGAAGAAGAGGAAGAAGAAGAAGAGGAGGAUGAGGAGUGUGCUAGUGAAGAGGAAAGUAAGGUUUCUGUUCUGAAGAACUGUUUCCUGGCCAUGGUGGACACACUGUCAAAACAGGCCCCAGAAGCCAUCUCACAGGUUCAGCUCCUGGUUCAAGAGUUGCGCCGCAUUACAUUGCUGUGGGACGAACUGUGGCUAGGAACAUUGGUGCAGCAUCAUGCAGAGAUCUCCAGACGUUUGCAGCAGCUGGAACUAGAGGUCCUGAGAGUGGAGGACAAUGCAUCUCUGUCAUCAGCAGACAAGGACAGGCUGAUUGCUGAGAAGCAUCGCAUUAUUCUCAAACCAUUGGUGUUCAUUCUGGAGCAGUUACAUGCCAUAACAUCAGUUCCACCAGAGACACCUCACGAGAAAUGGUUCCAGGAAAAGUUUGGGGAGUAUAUUACUGAUGCACUGCAUAAGCUGAAGACCUCAUGGAAUCCACGCCGUCCUCAGGAAUCAUGGCAGCCGCUGAAACAGUUGCAGUCGCGCUUGCAGCAGCGGGCACAGAAGCGCUCUGCCUACACAAUCCACAUGAUGGAUAUAAGCCCAGCACUGGCUGGUCUGAAGGACUCUUUGAUUGCCAUGCCUGGUGUCACUUCAAGAUCUGGUACUAUCAUCACAGUGUCUGCCGUGGACAACAACAUUGCUAUAUUGCCAACCAAAACUAAACCAAAGAAGCUUGUGUUCCAUGGUUCUGAUGGACAACUGUACACGUACCUGUUCAAAGGGUUGGAGGAUCUCCAUCUCGAUGAACGUAUCAUGCAGUUCCUUAGUAUUGCCAACACGAUGAUGCAACGAAGCAGUUCAACCUCAGAAUCGAUGUACAGAGCUCGUCAUUAUUCGGUGAUACCCCUCGGUCCCCGCAGUGGACUCAUUAGUUGGGUAGAUGGUGUUACGCCUUUGUUUGGGCUUUACAAGAGAUGGCAGCAGCGAGAAACAGCAACUGUGUCCCUCCGUGGAGGUCAGUCUUCAACCAGUGUCCAAGGAGGAAAUGGUCCAGGCCAGGUGAUGCGUCCUUCAGAGCUUUUUUACAGCAGACUGACUCCUCUUUUGAAGGAAAGAGGCAUUUCUAACCUUGACAAUCGCAAGGAAUGGCCACUUCCAAUCCUUCGUCAAGUACUUACAGAUCUUAUGGACGAAACUCCAAAGGAUUUGUUGGCAAAGGAGCUCUGGUGUCACAGUGUGAAUGCUGGCAGUUGGUGGCAGACAACUCGGACAUACUCCUAUUCAGUUGCUGUCAUGUCUAUAAUUGGCUACAUUAUUGGUCUUGGAGACAGACAUCUGGACAAUGUGUUGGUUGAUUUGUUAACUGGAGAGGUGGUGCACAUAGACUACAAUGUGUGCUUUGAGAAGGGGAAGACAUUGAGGGUGCCAGAGAAGGUUCCUUUCCGCAUGACACCCAAUAUUCGCACUGCUCUAGGGGUUACAGGCGUGGAGGGCAUUUUCCGCCUGGCUUGUGAACAUGUGCUGAAAGUGAUGAAGAAGGGUCGUGAAACUUUGCUGACCCUGCUGGAGGCAUUUGUGUAUGACCCAUUGAUAGACUGGACACCAGGCAAUGAAGCUGGAUACACAGGUGCAGUCUAUGGAGGUGGUCAAGCAGUCACCAUGGAGACAAAACAGAGUCGCAAAGAGCUGGAGAGGGAAGUGACACUAGGAAUGUUUUGUGUUCGUGUAGCUGAAAUGAAGGCUGAUUGGUUAGCUAACAGGGAUGAGCUGUUGGCUGCCAUGUUGGAGCUUGUGUCAAAAUUGAAUCAGUGGCUGGAAGCUCAGAGAUGCAUGAAAGAAGCUGAAGAAUCGCUUCAAGACUGUCACCAGCAGAUGGCAUUGGUGAAGGAAGCAGAAGCUCACGGUCCUUCUGGACAGCACCCGCUUUACACACUGGCUACACGAUAUGCCAAGCAUCGUCGUGCACAUGAUGCAAGAGAGAAAGCUCGUGCAGCACUCACGGAAAAGAUUGAAGACUGUGAAAAACAUCUAAACCUCCAUAAGGUGGCUUUGGCAUCAGUGAGGGGACCACAGCUAGCACAGUGGGUGGCAGAACUGAACUUCCCAAUUGACAAAGAUAGUCACAUGGUGUUCGAUUUGGUACAGGAAUUCCUUCAGAAUGCUGGUCAAGGACAAAUGAUCAUUCAGUGUGAACAGUCUGAAACAGAAUUAGGACAACUUGCACAGCAGCAGAUUAUGUUGGUACACAGCUGUUUGGAUCUGUUAAGUCAGUAUGGAACUGUGGCAAGCCUAUAUCCAGUCUCAUAUCUUAAUUCACACCGCUCAGUGUGCUAUCGACGUUGGGCACAGCAGCUGCUCAACAACAUGUCAGUAGAGAGCUGCCAUGAAGUUGUGGCCCAGUUCCAUAGUCUGUUCUCUCCAGAGACAGUAAACAACAAGCUGUCCAGUCAGCAGGUUGUUGCGUUAUCAUACCAACUGCAGGCCUCUCUGGCUGAGGCUAAUGCCAGGCUGAAGAAGAGCUAUGAGUGUCUGGCAGCCGAAGGACUGCCUGAAGCGGGUGUCCGGUUAGACGCAGCAUACAACGAGGCUCGUGCCAGGAUCAGUGCCUUCCUCAUGGGGGAGAAAGGUGCAGCGAUGGCUCUGGAGUGUGUCAACAUAACAGCACUGUGCGCUCUAAACAAGCGUUAUCUCAUGAUGGAAGCUGCUGCACUGAGUGCUGGAGACUGCCUGGUGGACUUAACGUCUCGGGAGGGAGACUGGUUCCUGGAUGAAAUGUACUUGGUGAGCACCUUGGUGACGGAGUUAUCUAGUCUUCUGCCAUCGCAUCACCAACUUGACUCCACAGCUGGAGCCGAUACCAGAGUCGAGCUGGUGCUGCAGUGUCUCAAGUCUGCACAUAACAUCUAUAAGGGCCUGCAGGAAUUGAACUUCAACUUUCACACUAUUAUUCUUCCUGAAGCAUUGAAAACUAUCCAAACAGAAGAGCCAACAGUGCUGGCCAUGGUAACUGAACUGAAUGAUAUCAUUGCUGGAGUAGGCUGUCCUCUGGAAGAUAUACUGGCCCAGUUGGAGAUGCAUCUACGCUACAUAAUCAUGGCAAUGGAUUCCCCUCAUCACAGUGCUCAGAAUAUGGUAGCUGAGAUUCGAAAAAGGUUCGAACUGCUGCUGUCGCGACCUGCAGAGCUGGUCACAGAUGGGUUAGAUGACCAGGCUACAAAUGUGAAUAGCAGUUCUGCUGUUGGCAGCAGUGAUGAUGUCUUGACACCAGGUCAGAUGCUCCUCAUGGGUUUCAAUGGCCUCUUUGAAAAGCUGCAGCUGGAGAGAAAUGCACUGAUUGGUGCUCUGGAUACCCUGGAUACACCGCAUUGCUGGAAAAAAGUGGACCAGGUGUGGGAAGCAAAGGCUAUUGCGGCACCAGUGUUUAAUGAUGCAACUCGUUCUGUGUUAGAAGACAUCUUCCUGUUAAAACGACUGACAACGAUGCAGGAAUUCUUCUCUUUGUGUGGCCAAGUAGCUCAUGGAGUGACUUCAGUGCACGAUGAUGACCACUUAAAUAAGCCAAUCAGGCGCUUCACAGCCGAUUAUGUGAGCCGUCAACUGCUUGGAGUCACUUCGCAAACUCUAGCCUUGGCACUUUGUCUCCUUCUGCAUAGAAUUGGCCUCAAUGUGACAGUUGAAGUGGAGCAAAGAGACAUUGGGGCUGAGAACAAAGUGCCACUGGAAGAGUUGUGUCGGAAAGCAGUAGAUCUGUGUUUAAAGAGUAAUAAGUUCUCUGGAGGGACACUGGCUCAAGCAUCAGGAUUGACAAGCACUCUAGAGGCCACCUGGAGACGCAGGGAAGUGGCACGACACCUACAGCAGCAGGUUGAGGCCCGAAGGUCCACUCUGCAGCGCCUACAACUCCAGCUAACAGCACAUAACUGGUUGCAUGAAGACACAUUAAUGAUGCAAGGAACCGCCCUUACUGCCAUGGCUCCCAUCAGUCGACCAACUUUCAUGCUGGAACUGCGGAAGACAUCAUCUGCACUGUUAGCAUUGCAGCCACGCCUCGGAGAAGCACGAGAACAUCAGAGUGCUCUGGUGGCUAGUGUCGAGCAGCGUCUCAAGUGGGCUUCAGGGGCUAAUCCGGCUCUCAGUGAAGUGAUGGCUGCAUUUGAAUCAGCAGUAAGCGCCCGUUCUGAGAGGCUCAACCUCGAACAGAGACUGUCUACUCUGGUUGGGAAUACUUGCAAUGCUGUGCUACAUCAUGAGGCCUUGCGUACCAGGACCUCCGAGGGAAUGGCACAUGAUACUGCUUUCCUUCAGUUGGUGGACCAGUGUGAGAAGAGUUGCGUGCUAGCCACAGGGUGUGAGCUGAUUGUUACACCAGCGGAGGAGACUCUCGUUCAGCUUCUGGCUCCAGAUGGACCUAUUGACCACACAUGGAUACACAAUGUUGAAAUGCUUAUCUCAGAUACAGUGAAAACAUUACAACAGAAGAUGGGGGAGCUUCAGGAGUCAUUGUUUAUUGUCCAGGAUUGUGUAAAGAAUCAAGUAAUAGCUGUAAGGAACCGCCUUUCGUCACAUCAUAAGUUGAUGUCUGACGUGCGGAACUUGUUGAAGUCCAUGGUGAAGCUGGAGGACUGUGGAUUGGUAGGGUUACAGGAUUAUGUGAUGAGUUACCGUGCAUACUCCGAACAUUUCUCAGCCCUGAUCCGUGAACUGAUGUUGAAUGAAUUGGAUGUGGACCGUGUCCACAAGGCCUUGGAUCAGCUGGAACAUCUGAAAGAAAAGACAGGCCCAAUUUAUGAAGUACUAGUAAUGUUUGCCAAACAACAAGAGGAGGUGCAACAGGAAAGGACUUUAGCAUGCAGCCGACCUGCAACAGGUGAGGAAACGAGUACCUCUGGAAGUCUGGCGAGCCGAUCCAGAAGACCGCCCCUGCUGCGGCAAGAGAGCAUUUGCCUGUCUCCCAAGAAAGGUGUGCCAGUUGCACCCAGCAGUGUGGUCACCAAGCCAAGCAGGGAUCCUCAUACUGGCAAAGCUGUGCAGGAGAGGAAUGCAUAUGCACUGGGGGUGUGGAGAAGAGUGAGAAUGAAGCUGGAAGGACGAGACCCUGACCCUGGUCGUAGGGCUACGGUACAGGAACAGGUGGAGUAUGUCAUCCGUGAAGCGAUGAGCCUCGACAAUUUGGCUUUGUUGUAUGAGGGUUGGACGCCAUGGGUAUGAAGAGGCUCAGCUGGAUAGGGAUCAAGCAUUUGGUUUGAGUUCUGGGCAAAACAAGUCCCAUCGUUCAUCGUAACACAUCGUCGACGUCCCCAGCACGCGGGGAAGAACGAGCGGGAGAUCAGAUGCACACAUCCAUCUCUCCCCGCACGUGUACAUGACGUGCGGGUGUCCAAAUAAAAAAAGAAAUAAAUAAAAUGCAAAGCCAAAUGUAAAGCUUGUCAUCUGAUUGCCAAAGCUUUACGGCCGAGUGAGCAAGUGGUAACUGCUGGCUUGGUUAUCGAGCGAUCGCUGCUAAGCAGCAGAUUGUUGGUUGCCAUUAUGAAUUUAACGGACAGCCGUGAUCACAACAGUUUCUUAAGUGAUGCAUACCCCUCUCUUCUUUAUUAUCUCUCUUGGUACUUUGCAUAUAUCCUUAGUCAUAUACCUCACAGGGGGAGACACGAAAUGAGGUUGUCUGGCUAAUGGCAGAGGAGAUACAGCUGUAGCAAAUGACUUGUAAUGCCAGGUUCUAUAAAACUUAAGUUUAAUCUAAAUGUCCUGUGACAUACUAUUUAAUUAGUUAAGAAAUUUAAAGUAAAAUUACAUAUUCUUUGAAAUCUGAAUGAUAUAACCCAGAAUAUUUUUGUUCAUGAGGACAGUUUUUAUCAGCUUCUAGUUACAAAUGCACAUGUGUUUGUUAGCUGGUUUACUGUGUUAACUUAAUAAUCUCUUUUAAAUAAGACAUCAGCAGAGUUGUCAUAUGCAUUCCCUGCUUCUGAUGAAUCUUGAUUUCAGCCAUUGUAAACCAUAGAGUUGUUGAAGAAAGUCGUCUUCCGGGAUCUGGCGCUGUGUAUUCUUGGUUUUAA